ACCAAACACACUUUUUAAAGUAGGAGCAAACAGCAAUCAACUCGAAAGCCUACUGUUUGAUUCACUCGCAGUCAACACUAUGUCAGCUUUCCCCAAAAGAAAAACCUCAAACAAGUCUCUCUCUCCUCUCUCAUUCUUAACUCUCUCUCCCCCUUGAGCCUCACCUCACCUCACCUCACCUCACCCAUGGCGGCUCCGAAACUCCUCCCUCUUUUCUACCUCUCUCUCUGCAUUCCUCUCCUUCUCUCUCCAGCCCACUCCGCUUCAGACGUCGAGCUGCUCCUCCAGAAGAUCAAGCCUGCAUUGCAAGGAACCUCAGAGAACUUGCUGCUACUCACAUGGAACACCACCGUUCCACUCUGUCAAUGGAGAGGCCUUAAAUGGGCCUUCACCAAUGGCUCCGCGCUCCUCUGCACUGAUCUCUCCUCGCCGCAGUGGACCUCCGUUACUCUCCAUAAAGAUCCCUUUUUGCAGCUCAUCUCACUUCAGCUCCCAUCUGCGAAUCUUUCCGGCACUCUUCCGAGGGAGAUUGGGCAGCUGGCCAAUCUCCGCAGCCUGUAUUUGAGCACCAAUGCUUUGUCCGGCCCGAUUCCUCUGGAGCUCGGAUACAGCACUUCUCUCUCUGAUUUGGAUUUGAGUCACAAUUUGCUCAAGGCUUCGUUGCCAGCUUCUGUUUGGAACCUCUGCGACCGCCUCGUCUCGCUCCGCCUCCACGGUAACGCUCUUUCCGGUUCCAUACCUGAUCCGGCAUUGCCUGAUGCUACUUGCAAGAAUUUGCAGUUUCUUGAUUUUGGAGGAAAUGUGUUUUCUGGGAGUUUUCCUGAGUUUGUACUUGAGUUUCAUGCGCUACAGCAGCUCGAUCUUGGUGAUAAUCAGUUUUCUGGUCCCAUUCCAGAGGCCAUAACCGGAUUAAAAUUGGAAAAAUUGAAUCUUUCUCAUAAUAACUUUACUGGCGUUUUGCCGAAAUUUGGUGAAUCCAAGUUUGGUGGGGAGGUCUUUGAAGGGAACAAUCCGGGCCUUUGCGGGCCGCCUCUCCGGGCUUGCGGUGGCGGCAGCUCUGGAUUGAGUUCUGGUGCCAUAGCUGGGCUUGUUAUUGGUUUGAUGACUGGGACAGUGGUGUUGGUCUCGUUGAUGAUUGGGUAUUACCAAGGGAAGAGGAAGAAGAAUGUGGAGGAAGAUGGGGAGGAUGAGUUUGAGGAGGAAUAUGAUGAGGAGGCAGGCAUUGGUGGUGGUGGUGGUGAUGGGAAACUGGUUUUGUUUCAAGGAGGUGAGCAUUUGAGCUCAGAGGAUGUUUUGAAUGCGACUGGGCAGGUUCUGGAGAAGACUAGUUAUGGGACUGUGUAUAAGGCGAAGCUAGCUGAUGGAGGUACAAUUGCGUUGAGGUUGUUGAGAGAAGGUUCUUGCAAAGAUAGGAACUCAUGCUUGCCUGUCAUCAAGCAGUUGGGGCGCAUUCGACAUGAGAAUUUGAUCCCAUUGAGAGCUUUCUAUCAAGGGAAGAGAGGAGAGAAGCUUCUCAUCUAUGACUAUCUACCUAACAAGACCCUACAUGAUAUCUUACAUGAAUCAAGAGUGGGAAAGCCGGUGCUGAGUUGGGCAAGGAGACACAAGAUCGCUUUAGGCAUUGCAAGAGGACUAGCAUAUCUCCAUGGUCUUGAAACACCAAUAACACACGGGAACGUGAGAUCGAAGACUGUUCUCGUAGACGACUUCUUUGUGGCAAGGCUUAACGAGUUUGGACUGGACAAGAUAAUGGUCGAAGCUGUGGCAGAUGAGAUAGUAGCUCUUGCUAAAUCCGACGGCUACAAAGCACCGGAGCUUCAGAAGAUGAAGAAAGUCAGUUCAAGGACUGAUGUUUAUGCAUUUGGGAUAGUACUGCUGGAGAUUCUGUUAGGGAAAAAACCCACAAAAUCUGGAAGAAACGGUGAGUUUGUCGACCUUCCUUCGUUAGUGAAGGUGGCCGUUCUGGAGGAAACAACAAUGGAGGUCUUUGAUGUGGAGAUUUUGAAAGGUAUAAGAAAUCCCAUGGAAGAAGGACUAGUUCAGGCACUGAAACUUGCAAUGGGAUGCUGCGCCCCGGUGGCAUCAGUUAGGCCUACGAUGGACGAGGUUGUGAGGCAGUUGGAGGAGAAUAGGCCAAGAAAUAGGUCUGCUCUGUAUAGCCCAGCUGAAACUAGGAGUGGAAGUGUUACUCCCUUUUGAGGAUUCUUUUCAUGGUCAAUUAUGAAUCAUAAUCUUUGUAAGUUGUUUUGUUUUAGUUUCUUGAGGAGGUAAAUUGCAAUGACUUUCUUAAAUGGUUUUUAUAUGUUGGUUUUAGCUUUUGUUUCUAGUUAAUGAAAGUGGUAUCUGUUA